GUAGUUGGCGCAGGCGCGCUCCCUCCUCUCCGUGCUCCACAUUGAGUGUUUGCAUUGUGUCUGAACUGCCGGCGAGCUUUAAAAAAUAUUUUACCAACAGCAGCAAUGUCGGGUAGGUCGGUCCGCGCAGAGACCCGGAGCAGAGCGAAAGAUGACAUCAAGCGGGUUAUGGCAGCUAUCGAGAAAGUACGGAAAUGGGAGAAGAAAUGGGUGACAGUUGGCGACACGUCCCUACGGAUCUACAAGUGGGUCCCGGUAACUGAGCCCAAGACGGACGACAAGAGUAAAAACAAGAAGAAGGGCAAGGAUGACAAGUGCGGGUCAGAGGUCACGACCCCGGAGAACAGCUCCUCCCCUGGGAUGAUGGACAUGCAGGAUGACAACAGUAACCAGAGCUCCAUCGCUGACUCCUCCCCCGUCAAGCAGGAGACCAGUAACAGCGCUAGCCCCGCCCCCGAGGCCACGGGCACCUCCCACAGCGACAGCAGCGAGGCCAAGAGUGACCCGAGCCGGUCGCCCAGCGAAGCCCCGCCCCCGUCCGACAGCAAGAGCGGCAAGAGCCACACCUCCUCGGAGCCCUUGGUGCCCAGUACCGCCAAAAAAGAGCCCAAGUCCUCAGGGGAGAAUGAGCCCCCCUCAGAAGCUGCCAAAUCCUCUCAGGAAUGCGAAGAUGGGGCCCCUCCCAGCAAGAAGGGGAAAUUGGAGUCUUCCUCACAUAACUCUGAGGAGAGUUAAGCGGCCUGCCCAACCGUGCCCCCCCC